ACUGAACUCUUGAGGGCGCACUUUAGCAGGGCCAGAAAAACACAUCUUGACAUAGCUAAAAAGUAAUUCUAGUCAUCUGGAGCACUACAGUUUCGAGUAAAAAUAUUUCAUUGUUAUGGCUGAUAGUCCAGGACGUCCAGAUGGAACAGAUGAUGAAGAUCAGGACGUACUGAUCGGAGAGGAACCCGGUGCAAGUGUCCAUCCGAUGUUAGCGACGGAGGAUUCCUACGAGGAGCUGGAUUAUGACCUCAACAUUGAAGCACCAAUCACAGAGCAGCGUGAGCGCCUCGCCAGCGGCACUAUCGCGAGCAUUGUUGAGGAGCACACUGGCCCCGCCUCCGCAGAGGAAGUGGGCACGGAAGCAACAGAGUUAGAGAAUGAUGUGGAAAGGAGUAGUCUAGAGGGCGACUUAAGCAAUCUACAAAUAUCAGAAGAGGUGACGCAACGCAGGGCAGACACGGUGCCGGACCGGCAGGAUGUACCAAAUGACACCGAUGAGGAGGUGCUACAGAACAGAGAAGCUGGGCAGAGGGAGAUCAAAGAUGAAGAUAUCCACAGUAGUGUUUGGCGGGACCACAAGAAACACGUGUUUAUCCUCAGUGAGGCCGGCAAGCCAAUCUACUCAAGGUAUGGGAAUGAAGACAAGUUGGUGUCGCUAAUGGGAGUCAUGCAGGCGCUGAUUUCCUUUGUUCAAGACGGAAAAAACAACCUCAGGUCUAUUGUAGCUGGCGGUCGCACGUUUGUCUUCUUGGUCCGACCGCCCCUCAUACUGGUCGCAGUGUGCAGGACCCACGAAUCACAGCAGCAACUGCUGCUACAAUUAACCUACGUCUACAACCAGGUACUGAGCGUGCUUACUUACUCCCAACUCAGCCGAGUCCUGGAGACGAGGAAGAACUACGACCUGAGGAGGCUUUUAGGAGGGACUGAGAAAUUUCUUGACAACCUGCUUAAUCUUAUCGACCAAGAUCCUAGUUUCUUGCUGACGGCGGUGCGAUGUUUGCCCCUUGAUAGCACGGUCAGAGAUACCAUCGGGCACAGCAUACAAAGCGCUAAGAUCAAAGAUCUCGUAUUUGCAAUUCUGAUAGCUGACAACCAGUUGGUGACGCUGUGCCGAAUGAAGAAGUACAUACUACACCCUGCUGAUCUUCAUCUAGUCUUCAACCUCUUGAAUGCCUCAACCUCCUUCCAAGCGGCCGAUUCCUGGAUCCCCAUCUGCCUACCCAAGUUCGACAGCGCCGGUUUCCUGCACGCACACAUCUCCUAUCUAGACAACAGCAAGGCAUGCCUACUGCUUCUCACUGUGGACAAGAUGAUGUUCUUUGAGUUGGCCAAGUGCAAGGAAAAGAUUGUUGAAAAACUGAAAAAGCACCACUGCAUCGAGGCCAUCAACAGAGCGGUAGCCGGCGGCGGUUACCGGUGUCUGGAGGUCGGCAUCAGUGACCUGAGACACUUCAUCUACAAGUCCAAGAGCACCGCGCAGUUCACGGCACCAGAGCUGGAAGCACCGUACCGUGAAAAGGAGGAGAGGGCAAGGUUAUUCAAUAUGUAUCAGUACGUACACCAGAGAGUACAUAACGCAGCUAGACCACUCAAGAUCAUGUUCCACGUGGGAUCGAGGGAGGCUAUGCUUGGAUGGGUUACAACAGGUUUUGAGCUGUAUGCUGUAUUUGGGCCCUUAGCAACCAAACAAGUCGCCAUCUUGGCUGUCAACAAACUACUGAAAUGGAUCAAGAAAGAGGAAUACCGGCUCUUCAUUCUGGAUCCUCCGGAGUUUUGAAGACGACGAAAUCAAAUUUAAGCCAUAUAUAUAUGUGGUUUGCGGUUGUGUGAAUGGACCAAAUAAACUAUUUGUACAGCUAACAUCAGGCAGACAUUGAUGAAUUUGUUCUUUCUGGAUUGUUGGAUUCCAUUGGAUUCCGUUGGAUUCAGGAAGCCCUGUGACACUUUUGUAAGAUUCUGUUGGCAUCGGAUGGGUUAAUAACCCAUGACUGUUGAUGGGUUCUGUUGGAUUCUUUUGGAUUUAACAGGAAUACACUUUUUACGUUGGAUUUGGUUGGCUUUCACGUCGAGUUUGUUGGAUUAUGUUAGAUUCAUGUCUUCUCAUCUCAUUCUGAUUCCGUUGGCGUCACGGUCACAACCAUGAAAACAAUCAUCAGAAUUUGCUGCCAUUUGAUUUCAUUGGAUCCAAUUGCCUUCUGUAGGAUUCAGAAGGUUUCAACUUUUUCUGUUGGAUUUGUUUGCAACGAGCAAGCUCCACAAUCCAUGCUCUACAAAAAAAGCAAAAAAAAAAACCACACCAAAAUGUACUUACGGAGAGGCACUUUAUUUGGCAAUAAAGAAAAGGCAUUCUUAAGGAAAGCUUGACAUCCAGUUGUGUAUAAAAAGGCUACAAAUUUGAUCAA